AUGAUGCCAGGCUACGACACGGAAGGGCCUGUAAUGAAUGAUGGGCCGGAGAUGGUGGGGGGAUUUGUGAGAGAUGCCAAUGGGCUUGGAUGGUUGGGCUUGGAUGGCGAGGCCGAAGAUGACGGGCUCAACUUGGUGGGCCGACCGGCCAACCCAAUGGUGUACCAGAGGGGUAGCGGACCGGGCAGGGUGGCUGACCCGGUCGAAUGGGGUCCGCUCCUGUCUGGAGGACCGGGACCGAGUGGACCAUGGCGGGUCGAACUGAAGUUGGGCAGACCAAACCUGGGUGGACCAGAGUGGGGCGGACCGAAGGUGGUCGAACCGAGCUAG